AUGCCCUGGCACUUCACCAACUUGGCGACGGGCAACAAGGUCGAGCUAACGGGUCCCAUGUUAAUGACGCUCGGCAGUACCUGGGCCGGUUCACUGUGCGUGGGCACCACCAUCGGCUACACGACGGCAGCUCUCACGAGCCUCGCCGGCGGCUCCACCGGUCACAAGUUUGACACCGCUCUGCAUGGCGUCUGGUUCGUGACGUUGCUGCACGUGGGCGCCAUAACGGGCUGCAUCAUCGCGGCGCUGGUGGGCCAGUCCAUGGGACGCCGCUUUGCGCUUCUGGCCAGCGCGCUCGGCUACUUUUCGGGCUACGGUAUCAUGUCGGUGGCGCGCUCCGACUACCUGGUGCUGUUCGGGCGGUUCCUGACAGGUGUCGCCACUGGAAUGGUAUCCCUGUGCUCGCCGUCUUUUCUGGCCGAGAUCACACUGCCAGAACAGCGCGGAACGGCGGGUGGCAUACUGCAGGUCUGCCUCACCAUCGGCAUCCUGUAUGCGAACGUGAUGGGCCGCUACCUGAACUGGGACGGUCUCGCGUUCCUGACCAUGGCCGCGGCCAUCCCCCUCGUCGCCGCCUGCCAGUUCGCAGUCGAGUCGCCUCGGUGGCUUAUGCUGCAAGGCCGCAAGGCGGAAGCCAUCGAAGUGCUCGGCAAGCUGCGCGGACCAGCGGCCAAGGUACUGCAAGGGAACAAUGAGGAUGGGAGCCUGAAAUAUAGCCGGAACUGUCACGCACGCGCGGCCCUCUGUCACGGGCCAGAUGAAGAACUGGCGAACGUGCAGCUGGACGAAGAGUGGGCCGACAUGGAGACUGUGUUCUCGACAGUGCCCACGCCUCCGGCUCACAUCCUGAUGGCCAUGCACGCGCACUUCACCCAGCAGUUCUCCGGCAUCAAUCCGGUGCUUUUCUUUUCGCAGUCCAUCUUCGACGAAGCCGGACUCACCAUCAGCGGUCAGGACACGAGCAUCAUGCUCUCCGGCUUUCUGGUCGCUUCCACCGCAGCCGGCGUGAAGCUGAUGACCGUGUUCAGCCGAAAGCGUCUGCUGACUGUGUCCGCGUACACGUGCGCUUUCGCCAUGAUGCUGAUAGCCACGCUGUACCAGCUCAGCAUCCAGGUGGACGAGACGGACCCGAACGCGCCCAUUUUGUACAUGCGCCGGCUGCCCAUCGUGUUCCUCGCGCUCUACAUAAUCGGCUUCUCGGUGGGACUCGGCCCGAUCCCCUGGCUCCUGGGCGCCGAGCUUGUGCCGAUGCGCUGCAACGGAGUCUACUCGGCCAUAGCGGCCGCCUUCAGCUGGCUCUGCGCCUUCCUCCUCACUUGGUUCUUCGAGGAACUGCACAACACGCUGCAGCUGUCCGGAUUUGGUCUCUUGUUCAGCGCGAUUACGUUCAUGGGCGGACUCCUGGUGUCGUUCUUCAUGCCAGAGACCCAGGACCGGACACUCGAGGAACUCCUGCUCGAACCGCACAGGCUCGGCCGCGAGGACGCGGCAUCGGUGACCUCCAGGGGAUCGAGGGGAUCGCGACGGUCGAAGCGUUGA